AUGAAAAGAGAGGGCAACACGUAUGCUUCAGGUAGUGGCGGUAAGGAUAAGAGUCUCACACCAUUUCAAAAGUAUCUUUCCAAACUCGCAUUGAUUUGCGAUACUCAGAAAGGGGAAUGCGGUCGCACUAUGACCGCACUAGUCUGUCUCAAGGGAACCGAAGGCCCUGAGUAUAUCUUUACUUCCAACUAUAGGAAGGAGACGGAGCUUAAAGAAACCAAGUCGUUCCUCUCCAAUUUACUAAUCUUUAUUGGGACCAAUCCCGACAAACUUGGGGCGAAACCACUGCAAAAGCAAGUUCUAUGGAGGAGUCUUGAAUUUAACUUUGACAAGCUAGAGUUUUACUUGAAAGCUCUAACCAAUGCACUGGAAAAUUGUAUUGCCUCAGAAAAUGGCAGAAAAUUGACUGAUUUCCAAACAAUAAAACAACUACAUUCAUUGCAAGAAAAAGCAAGUUUCCCCCGCGACAUAGAAUCAUCAGAGAACGCUCGCACUAAAUGCUUGAGUGACUGUGAAACUUUGAUUAAGGCGAUUCAAGCCAACAAAACCGGUGUGUUUGAAAAAGUUCUUCAGAGCCGCACCGUUGAAAAGGAUGCAAAUUCCGCAGACAACUGGUGCAAGCUCCGCCACUACCUGGGGCGCCUCCACUCCUAUCGUCAGGCCUCGGAGAUUAUAGUCGCUGCAGCUACUACGUGGCCUGACCUAUUCGAGAGUCCUCGAAUUGAUUUUAUCCGUUCUGCUCAAAAAAAACAUAUCCCAACACCUAAAACAUCAAACUUGAGCCAGAUUAUUCCCAUCGCGCUUCCCGAACAUGAAUUUCGCGACUUUGAAUCCGAUAUUGCUGAGUUGCGGAUUUACGAUUUGGACGAAAUAAUCAACAAGCAGCUCCAAAACAGGAGAAUAAAGACAAUGAUCCACGGUGAGGUUCAUCUUCACAAUCAUUUGGUUCAACAGGGCAAAACAAACCCCACAGAUUUCUGGAAUGAUUCCAUGUUUAUAGCUACGUCCAAGCCCACCUGUCGCCUUUGCCAAUACUAUUUCAACUGUUCUACCAACAAUUUCCAGGUUCAAACAUCUCACAUGAACCUCUAUCCAAAAUGGCGUCUCCCUGACAUUCCUGAUUAUCAAAGUUCGGAAGAUAGAGAUCUUUAUGAAGACUUAUUGCAAGAUAUUAUUGAGCAAAUGCAACACGACACGCUGCAAAUGCUAGAACAAAAGAUUUCAAGAGGAAAGACCAAUGACUCGCGGACAGAUUCACACUCUAGGUUGUCGACAACAGCGUCAUAUUUAGGGUCGGGAUUAAGUAACCUAGGGGCGGAGAGGCAAGGAACGAGCCCCAGGUUACCUAGCCCGUCCUCUGAUGUUGGUGAAUCAUGGAUUGAUAUAGAAAAUGGGGGAUAUCAUGCUCGAUGA